GACCGGCUUUCGCAGUGAGCACACAUUAGGUCGCUCCCAGAGAGAUCCGACACUAGGAAGACGAAACGAAACAAAACGAGACGAGACGAGACGAAACGAAUACGGAACAACGUGGAAACGUCGAAACGGAACGUCCGUGUGUAAUCUACGUGUUUCAACAACGUUGUUGUUAAAAGACAAAAAGACCAUAAAGUAAACGUAAGCAGAAAGUUGUCAACACGUAAAACACUUAAUCGAUUAAAUCGGCUUUACAAUGCCCAAUUCGUUGCCAAUUCGACCUCUCCUGCUGAUCCUAUUGCUACCAGGAGCCGCCUGGAGCGGCUCUUGCCGUGAGGCGCAACUCUGUUGCAAUGGUCGCGACUCGUCGUGCGUGGUGCAAAAGGCACCCAUAAAUGCCAUCAUUGAGGAUCUGAGCGAUAAGCCAUGCUAUUGCGAUCAUGCCUGUCUCAAAUUGGGCGAUUGCUGUGACGACUUCAAGGAUCAUUGUGGAGUGCUGGACUGUCAGGUCAGUGAUUGGGGCGCCUGGAGCGAAUGCGACAAGAGCUGUGGCACCGGAAUGAUGACGCGCACGCGCCAAAUCCUUCAGGCGGCACAAAACGGUGGCAAACAUUGCCCAUCAUUGCUCCAAAAACGUGGAUGUCAGGGCUAUCGCUGUCACGGACAUCGCGAUAAGAAGAUUUUGCGCGAAAUGGCCCUAUUGCUGCCCGCUGCCCUCUCCCGCAAUCGUCAUGCCAAUGACAGCAGCGAUAUUCGCAGGAAUUUGCGCACGCGUUAUCACGACUCCUACAAGCACAAUCGAGAUCAUGAAUACUGUGUGGAAUUUGAGGUGAUUAAAGCAUCAAAAGCCUGCCACAAGUUGCCGCCGUAUAAUCUAAUGCUAGAAGGUGAUCGCAUAACCGUACGUUGUGAUCUGGAGGCUCUUAUACAGGACAGCACUGUUAGCUCCACCACAUCCAAGACAAAUGGCCCAUCCACCACAAUGGCCACAACAACAACUUUGGCACACAAGAGCCCCGAGAAUUUCAAUGAGGAUGAGAACUAUAAUAACAAUAACAAUAACAACAACAACAACAACAGCGAUGAUGAGGACAAUGAGGAGUUGGAUGAGGAAGACGAUGAAGAUGAUGCUCAAAAUAUGCUCGAUACGGGCAGCAACGAAAGCUACGAGUAUAGACAUCAGCGUCAGUUGCCAAUAUCACAUCAGCGUCAACGGUCGGCAACAUCGAAGCGUAGUGCCGCGGCCAUUCCAUUGGCAACAACAACAGCAACGCCGCCAAUAAGCUAUCAUUGCCGGGGCGAAGGUCUAUCCGGGCGUACGACGCGCUGGAGUGCUCUGGCAGCGCCAUCUUGUCGUGGCAAAUGGCUGCGCCUGACCGUUGGACCGCCCAAGAAAUGCAACCAUGCGCAAUUCAUAUUCGUCUAAGUCGAUGGAUCGAUGUAGAUCAUCACACACGAUGCACACGAUGUUGCACAGAGAAAAAUAGAAUUUCAACAAUUCCAGUUGUAAUUGUACUUUUUUUUUUUUAAUCCAAAAUAUAUGUAUGUGUAGUAUGGUAGGUUAUAUGAUGUAUGGAUAAGCAGCGGAUAAGCUAAGCGAUCUGACGCACGAGCUAAAAAUAGAGAGAAAGAGAGAGAGAGAGUCAAAGAGAAAGAGUAAUAGUUCGUGUCACGAAAUACAUAAUAUUUGGUCAGCAAUUCCUCACGUCUCAUCAUAUCAUGAGUAUCAUAUCGCUCUAGGCUCUUCUUCUUAUCGUCCACAAGGUCACGCAUUCAACCACCCGCCCACCUUCAAAUUUCACGCAAUCCAACCCGCCCACUUCCCCUCCCACUCUCCCACUCCCCUCCAGUACAUGUAUGUAAGUAAAUUUAAGAAUAGACAUCAAUGUGUGUUUCGAGUGUUUGUGGCUCUGUGUGUUUGUCUGUGUGUGUGUGUGUCUGUGUCCGUAUAUGUGUGCAUGCUUAUUUCCACCCCGCCCCCCUCUGCGCAAAUGAAUAAUUAUCGUUUAAUAAUGUGGUAAUACAGUGAUAACUCAUUGACAAGCAUGCAACGUUGUCAAUUUUCAAUAAACGCUGCGUUGCCAGUUUUCAAAUAAGUCGCUUCCAUGUUUUUUUUUUUUUGUUUUUGUCCUAACUUUUAAGAACAAUUUGCGGCUAAAAGUUAUACUAAAGUUGUAUAUACCGAUAUCCAUUUCUCAACUUCCAAACAAAAAUAAAAAUCCAUUUAAAAUGUCUUUUCAAAACCAAAAAAAAUUCAACAAAUUAUUAAAUGACAUAUUGAAAUAAUUGUGCGCAUUUAAUCCUUAGAAAUGUAGAAUUAAUUAAAUUGAUCAAGGUUCACGAGGGAUAUAUUAAUUUUUGGUUCAACUUCAAAUACAUAUUAAAAUUUAGUACUAACAAUAAGUUCUACGGCAAACACAAAAGAUAAAUCAUUACACGAAAAUUAAAGAUUGAAAUGUGAAAUCACGCAAACAUACAUACGAUAUUCAGCUAUACCUAUAUUUAUAUCGUAAUUAGUUGAACUAAAUUCAUAUUAAUCAUAAGCACACACACACACACACACACACUCAAUAUCAUACCACUCACUUUACUUUUGUCACUAGAAUUUUCAUCAAACUAGAUUAGAUCGAAAAGUUAAGCAAAGUUUUGAAAGACUUUUAAAUUCGAUCUAUACCCUUGCAGCUCCAAACUAAAUCGAAUCACUUGAAAGAACCAUCACCAAUAUUCCCCUCUUAUUUAGAUCAGAUCGUCACUCGACUUAUAUAGCUAACAAAAUUGUUCAGAUUUAUCUUUCUGUCCGUCUGUGUUAAAUAUUCAGUCAAGGGUUAGUUAUCAACAAUCAAUCAAAAGAAAAAAUCUCAAUUAGCAUCAGCUUCAUACACGAUUUAAGAUACUUACUACAUGCAUACAUACAACAACAACA